GUGUUUUUGGUCGCUCGGUGACCGGCUGUGCCGUUUGUGCCGGUACGCUUACGAGAUACGUACUUUGCUACAUAAAAAUAUUGUGCCUAUGCCAACUACGAACUUUAUCGUUAAACUUAAAGACAUUGUGAAAAAAAGUGUUUCGGUGUGGAAAAUGGAUUUAUCGUGCGGAGAGAACUUACAAAAUUCUGGAAAUAAUAGCAGCAGCAGUGGAAGAGCAGAUAUGUGCAUCGCGGGUCCAGAUCGGGCCCUGGAUCGGAAUCCACACCUUCUAACAAACCUUCUGUCGUUAGAAAGAUUUCACGCCUUGCACACUGAUUACUUUCAAAAUGUUCAAAUAGAUAUACAACCAUUUAUGCGGAAGGUUGUGACUACAUGGAUGCUGGAGGUUUGCGAAGAGCAGCAAUGUGAAGAGCAGGUGUUCCCUUUGGCCGUGAGCUACGUGGACAGGUUUUUGGCGCAGGUCGCCAUCUCGCGCCAGCAGCUGCAGCUCCUGGCGGUCACUGCUCUGCUGGUAGCCUCCAAGUUCCGCCAAUGCCAUCCACUAUCCAUCGAUCUUCUAUGUGCCUAUACGGACAACUCGGUGUUUCCACAUGAAGUUCGACAAUGGGAAAUGAUGUUGGUGCAAAGAAUGAACUGGCAGCUAUCAAUCGCCACAGCAUUUGACUUUGUAGAACCAAUGCUGGCCAGAGUGCCUUGGGGCCGAGGGAACCCUCUCAUACGGACACACGCACUUACACUUACAUCAGUAUGUUAUACAGAAACUGAGCUUCUAUUAGUACCACCGUCUCUAAUUGCUGUGGCUUGCAUCACAGCCGCUGCCCGAGGUCUAAGAGUACGUAUGUCCGUGAGUGACCUGUGCUUACUAACGAGAUCGCCGCCUGUCGCCGCAGAAUUAGUAGCAAGACACGUGGAAAGAGUCCUUGCUAGGGAGACCCAAGCUCAAGAACCAAGGACCAGACACGUUCAGCCCGUAAAACAAACGACAUCAGAUCAAACUCAACUCCCUGAUACGCCAACAGAUGUUCAAGAUGUCCGUUUUUGAUCUUAUAAUCAGGCUACCGUUUAAAAAGUGUUUUUUUGCACCGCAAUUUUUGUCGUGAGGUAAAAAAGCUAAAAUGGAUUAGGAAUGUUUAUCAAACACGUAUGCUUUAAUAAAUUGUUAUUAUCGUUUUUAAAAUCUUGAUUGGUAACUAACUGGUAAUUAUGCAAAUCUAAUAAUUAAAUAUUCUCAUUACCUGUACGAGAUAGAUAUAAAGCCAACACGUAUAAGUCAAUUGAUCUCAUCGGCAUUGAUGAAAUCAGUUUCUAAAGAUUUCAUUGUUACUUUUUUUUCGUCUUGCACCUGGGCGUACAACAAAAGUUUUUGGUUGAAAAACACUUUAUUUAUUUUGUUUUUCUCAAUACCUACGGACCAUGCGUCGCAAAAACGUCCAUUGAUCUCAAAUUAUUAUUUAAAAGCACUAGUGUAGAUUUGUGUUAUUUAUUAAUCGUAUAUUUGUUAAUAUUAGGUACAUUAUUUAUUAUAGAGCAGUUUGACGGUGUUUCAAAUAACGGAGUUGCAAGCUAUAUUAGGUUUAAGGGUUUUUUUUUUUGUAUUUAUGAUCUCCGAUUUCUCCAAAAAUUUAUACCUACAUAGUAAGACUGUUUUCUUUUCAAGCAUUUUCUAGCCAAAUAUUCGAAUGACAUUGUUAUGUACGUAAUGUUUGUAUAAAUUAAAUACAUAAAAUUAAUAGUUAGAA